AAAAGAAAUUAUUUACUCUCGCCAGAAGCCCUAGAAUCCUAUACAUGUCAACCUCGCCGAAGAAAAUCACCGUCACCAACGUGGGAUCUAUGCGGCAGCCCGGAAGACUUCAACGUCGUGCUCCUGCUUCCUUAAAGAUCAGUCCGGUUUCCAGCUGGAACAUCGCGAUCCCUCUCUUAUCUCCGCUCGCUUCUUCGCGUCCCUCAAUUGAUCGGAGGGAAGAGCCACCUCGUCAAGAACAGAAGCCGCGACAGUGCCAGAAAAUGGAAACUGAGAAACUUGUAUUCAAGAUGUGGCAACAUCCAGCAGCGCCGUUCUGUUGCGAGCCGGCACCGUUACCGUCGUUCGUGCCGGUUUAGUUGCGAAUACGGAUUCGGAAAAAAAGUAGUUAGAUCUGACGGCGUGUUUUCGUUCAACGUACAACGCGUCACCAUUUUUUGUAUAAUUUGUUCAUAUUAUUAUAUACCUUUUUUUAAUUACGAAAGGAUCGACUGGACACAGUUUUGCUUUUCCCCAUUUAGUUUCGUUUUACGUAAAUUUUAUUCUGUUUGGAAAAUGACGGAAAAUGAAAGGUAGCAAACGAAAUUGAUAUUUGAAUUCAAGGAGACAAUAAUAAAAGG